AUGGACGAUGUAGACGAAUCGGUAGACGAUGAGGUUCCAUUCACCAGAUUAUUAGCACUGUCAACUCCAACAAGUAGAGAUCCCUGCGAGGCGAUUCCCGACGGCACUUGCACAAACACGGCAGGCAGCAUGAUCGACACCGUCAUAAACGAUCCUUUGGAAAAAAUCUUGUUGAACGACUUGAGUAAACGGGUGUAUGCGUUACUGACGAGCCCAAUAAUGAAGCAUCCCAAUGUAGCGUUGAAUUCGGUUUGUAACUUGAAAUGUAGACCUGAAAAGUACGUCACCACGUAUCCAGACCCGGAGAUAAACACCAUGAUCGGCAAUUGGCUCCAUGACGACUGGUUAAUCAGUGCAAGACCGAUGGUGAAUAGCGGAACCAGCAGAAUUCUCCAUGCAGGCUGGACAUUGGACGUGCAACUGGUAUGGGAAACAGCCCCACGGUCGAUCCAUCCGUACAAUGCUGCACCCAACGUGAUUCCAAACGACAUCAUCAAUGAGUAG